UUGGAUGUACAUUUGAUUUAAAUGUUUUCAGCAUUUCUUAUGCUUCCUUUGGUCUCCUCCUUUACAUCUGUAUCUGGAUUCCCGUGAAGAUCAGAAGGUGAACCCGUCGCUUUAAAGGCUGCGUGCGCGUAAAAAGGCGCUUGUCCCGGAGUGUCUCCGUCCUCUGACCCGUCUGGUUGUGCACCUCCGGUCCCGGAUGUCUCCACGCUGGUCAGCCUGACCUACUGUGUGUCGGUCCCUCGGACUGUCGGGGUUUGUGUUUGUUUCCGGACUCCGGCUGAUCCUUGGAGAAGUUCCGCCGCAGUCCCAUGCCCAGCGCUCCUCUGCGGCUGAGAUAAGGAUGCUGGCGGCUUUUCUCGGUCUGGAUCCACUGGGUCGCUUCGGGAUGCGCUGUCCGAGCAUCUGAACCAGAUAUGUUCAUAGAGAAUUUCCUUUGACUGAAGUUCAAAUCAAAUAACUUCCAAACACUCCCCUGAUGUGUUAAGCUACUUUGUUGAACAGUUUGAUGGAGAGCUGGUCGGAUGACAGCUGGAACUGUUGUCAUAACUGGAGGAAUACUGGCCACAGUGAUACUGCUGUGUAUCAUCGCCGUGCUCUGCUACUGUAGACUCCAGUACUACUGCUGUAAGAAGAAUGGGUCUGACAAUGGCUCCCUCUCUCAGCAACACUUUGCUUGCAACGCCUGCAGCAUCACUGGCCUGGACGGACCAAUCAUCACCCCUCUGUCACUGUCGCCACCAGAGCCAGCCAAAUCCUUUAACCCCACCAAACCUACCGUGGGGCAACACCGCUACUGUCCCACCUGCUCACCCUACGACUCUCCCUUCUACAUCCGUACCACUGACGAGAUACGCAACGGUGGAGAGCGCGUCACCUACAUGCCGACACACUAUGAGAACCAGGCGCUGGCAAUGCCGCUGCCCGCUGUCCGAGGCCCCCUGCUGAGGGACAGCCAGCGCGGUCGCCCUCCUGAUUUCUACACCAACACCCGAGCCAUCAGCACCGAGGUGUGACCACCUCUACACACCAGCGCCACUGAAAAGACACAACCACUACUGUAGAUUUUGGCUUCCAGUGAGUUUGUGGAGGAAACACAUUUAGGGUCAAUCUGGAAAUAAUUAAGGAUUGCUUUAGCCGAAGCUGGAGAUGAAAAAUAAAUUCCUCCUUAAUUUCAAAAAACAACUGAUCCGCUAAAUGUCCAAACAUGUACCUAGUGGAAGGGUACGCCUGCUGACUGUUACUGGAUCGCUUUCCCCUGAGGAGUAACUAGAUCCAUGUACGACUUUCUUGUGCUCUGUAUCUUCUUCCAAAUUUUACUGUGAUAAGAUGUAUGGAUGAGUUUAAAACAGACUGAAUCGUUUACCUUUUUUAAGUAGCUGACAAACAGAAACAUUUGUGGAUUUAUGCAAGCAUGAGGUGUGGCAGUGUGCAGCAGAGGACACCUGGAUUUGAAUCCUCUAUGCAAGGUCUUCAGUCAGCAUCAUAGCUGUUCAUUUCCAGGCGUCUCCUUUCAGCAGAUUUUAUGGUGAACAGGAGAUCUGGGACAUGUUGUUGACAACUGGUAAUAUGUAAUGAUUCUAUACAUGUAGAUAGACAUGAAAAACGUUUGAUGGCGCUAUAUUAUGCAACCUGUACUAAAGCGCUACUUUCUUGGUACUUACAGGUUAGUUUCCUGGAAAAUAAAGGUUUUCUUUGGAACUUACUGGUUACUAUCCCUGAUCCUAUAGCAAGUGGAGGAGUUAGAAGUUACUUUCCUGAAAUAUUCAGGAAGCUAAUUAUACUUUUCUGCAACCUGCUAUGUACAAAUGACUCUCAUAAGAGUACUUUCUUUGUUCUGGGGAAGUAAUCAGGACAUUUCCUAAAGGAUUUGGAACAGCCCCUGGUCAGUUUAAGUUUAGGAAACUUCCAGGAAAACACUUUGUAUAUUCUGAAAACUUACCACUAAGUUCCAGGAACAUAGCUAGUAUGUCCUGGGAAAGCAAACUGCAAAACCCAACAAAGUAACCAGCAAGUUCCAAAAACAUUCGUCAAAAGGGAUCUAAUAAGUUCCUGAAUGUGAAUGGUGAAGUUAAAGAAAGGACCUGAUAGAUUCUGGGAAAGUAACAGGUAAGUUCUGGAAAUUACCAAGUAAGUACCUGGUAAGUUAUGGGAAACUUUCAUGGAAAUUACCUUGUAAGUUCCCAAAAAGGUUUAUGUGAAAGUAACUGAAAACGUCAAGAAGGUUCCAGUAAGUAUCAGGUAUGUUUGUCGGAAAGUUCCCAAGACUAACUCCUAAGUUUGAGUACAGAAAGGGCUGCAGUGUGUAGUGUUACCAAAUCUUUUAAAAAGAAAAGUUAAACAUGGCGUUUGAAUCCUUUCUUAACGUGUAGCUAAACAUGGCAGAGCCUGAGCCCUCGAUCUGCUUAAAAUUACCCCAGUGACUUUCCCUCGUCUGAAAAGGAUGCGAAAAAGUUAUGUAAAUAUUUAAGCAAUCUCUCAAUCCCACCGUGUGAAAGACGGCGAUGCAAGCAGGAAUCUGAGGAAUAAGGGGGUUUGAUUUACUGGUUUAUGGGAUUUCCUCUACACUCCCAUGAUUAUACUCAUCUACUCUCAUAUCAGACAAUUUGACUGAAAAAAAUUAGAUAUACACCUUCUUUUUAUUUACAAUUUCCCAUUGAAAAUUACAUUUUGUGUGAUAUUGGUCUUCUGUCUACAGCAUGGCUGAAGAUUUGGAGCAAUAAACCUAAAUAAUUUGACAGGUGUGAAUAAGAGUUAAGGCCUAUUAGAUGGGUCAGAUGUUAAAAAUGCAAAUAUAAGCUUCUGUAAUCUCUUUUCAGCAGUGGUAUAAAUGAGAUUUAUCUCUCAGUGGUACUUUCUAAAUGCUUAUUUGUGAACUAAGGAUGACCCAUUUGAAUCUUAGCUGGAUUUCUCUGGAUUUCAACCACAAAAUAACUAAAAUUACACCAAAUGAAGUUCACUAAUAAGCUAUAAUAUUUCAGAUCAAGGUGAUUCUGUAAAAUACGCUAACCCAGUGUGGAUGUAAUCUUGAACAGCUUCGAUGUCCUUCAUUUAUUUAUGUAGUGUAGCAACGAUAUAUUUUAAUGUUUAUGUUAUAAUUAAAAUACUAAAAAAAGUUUUUAAAUGUGGUUUGAGAGAAAAUUGUACAUCAUAACAUUAAAAAAUGAAUAUCUGAUGUGAUAUUUUGACAAUUAAAUAUUUCAAAGUCUAUAAGUUGACUCUUCAUUUUUGUAUGUCUUGUACAGAAACAUAGGUAAUAAAUACAACAAUAAGUUUUCUUUUCUAAUUAAGAAAAUAUCAUUUCACCUUGACUGUAACACACCAAUUCCUGAAGAAAACCAGUAGGAGCUUCACAUUUAUCUCACCUGGUUGGUAUCACUUUCAGGGGCGGACACAGGGGGUGAAGGUUUGGGGGAGGGGGCUCGACAGUCAGCUGACUGGGUCUAAUUAACACCCCUGACUGGUGCACAGGAUCAAACAUCAUAGACUUUUUGAAUGGUUGAAGUAGCACAACUCAGUAGUUAAGAGGUGAAAAGUGUACAGAAAAACUGGAGGAACUCCAGAAAGACAUUUUCCUGCCAGACAUCAAUGCAUCAAACCACAACAAGAUGGGGGUCAAAGUGCAUCCCAUCGUCAUGGCCCAUUCAUCACAUCCACCAGGCAAAGAUAUAAAUACAAUCUGAAAUCUAUGAAAUCCUCCUUUUCUUAUGCAAUUUUCUGAAUUGCAAUAGAAGCUUUUUAUAGUUUAUAGAUUACAAAUGUAAGUUCACGUUCCGAUCCAGAUAUCUGUUCAAAUGU